AUGCGUGAUACGGUAGAACAUUUUUGGUUGUUGUGGCUUUCCCGUGGAAAGAGUUGCGGCAUUGUUGUUAAUUUUUAUUUUGGUGUUGGUGAGGUGUUGAUUGUAUUCACAGUUGUAGCAUCAAUAACUAUUUUAUUGUUUUUGAUUUUUAAGGGAUUCUUUAAAGAAACAGAUUUUGAAAAGUUAUUCAUACAGGCAUAUGGAAAGAAAGCGCUACUUCUGUUAUCGGACGAAAAGGUCAAUAAAACUAAAGGAAUGAAAACGAGUAAAGCAAAAUCUAAGAAGAAAAAAGAGAGUGAAAAGGACCGUCAACAAGAAGUCGUCAUUAAUGAAGAUAUAACUGAUGAAAAAAGCUCCGAACGUGAUUCGACUCAAAGCGAUCAAGAACCAGUUGAAGAUCUUAAGUCUAAGAAGAAAAAGAAGAAAGGUGGAAAAUAUAAAAAUUCAUCCGAUUAUGCUGAGGAAGAGCAGGUUUCUGUGAACAAAGUUAUGUCCCAGUCUCUUCCAGCUAAUGACCAAUCUGCAGUUGCUAAAAUAGUUUCUUCUGAUGUAAAUCAAGAAAAUAUUGUGGAGGAUAAUAAAGUGAAAAAAAGAAAGAAGAAAAAAAAGAAGGAACUCGCUGAAGAACAGCAUGUCGAAAAUGAGCAUUUUCAUCGCGAAGAAGCAUUUAUGGUCACAAGUAGUUUGCCCGAAGAAUACAAGGAAAGGAAAAAAGUGGAAAUAACAAAUGAAAUAUUGCUUGAGCGUCUAGAUGGUGUUGAUGACCUCGAACCCGAAUAUAAAAAUUACUUAAACAAAUAUUUCAAGGAGACGAAUGCUGAUAUUAUUACGGGCCUUUUCCAGAUUAAUAAGCUUCAAAAAGAAAAAAGCAAAAUCGAGGAACAGAUGGCUGAAGUAACUCGACAGAUGCGAAGUUUAUCGCAACAAGCAGCGGCAGCCAAUGAAUACAAAGUAGCUGUAGCAAACAUUAAUCAUAAACUUGUGGAGGAAAAGAAAAAACAUGCCAUGUUUGAGCAAUCAAUUACUGCCAGAAUGAAGCAGACCAUUCAAGAAAUGGAAGUCAUUCAGCGAAUGCGCGAUAAGUUUAAAGAUGAAGCUGAUGUGUUGAAAGAUCAACUUAAAAAAGUCAAAAUGGCACAAUCUUCGAUAGAUGUCAAUAUGUAUCAAAAGAAAAUAGAAAUGUUGGCCAAUGAAUUAAAUGCAUCGAAGGAUCAAAUAUCUCGUGUAGAAGUGGAAAAUAAUCAGCUUAAACAAACCUUGCAGAAACUAACGGUCAAUGCUAAAGAGCGGGAAUGCGAAUUGGAAAGAUUGAUUCAUGAAAAGGCUUUAAAUAAGAAACGGGAGCAUGAACUCGCUGAAAAACAUAGUUCUGAUUUAACGUUGAUGGAUGUCAAGAUGACAGAAUUAGUUAAGAAGGCCGAUGAUUUGGAAGAAGAGGUUGUCAGUUGGAAAAAUAAGUUGGAAGAACGAUCAGUACUGGCAGAAUCUGUUGAAGCAGAUUGCAAACAGCUUCGAGAGCAGCUGCAUUCACUUCGAAAUCGCAUGAACGGUGUUGAAAAAGAGCGUGAUGCAAUUCGAGAUGAAAAUUCGAAUUAUCAAAAAGCGUUGUCUGAAAUAAAUGCAGUCAAUGAAACUCUCAAUGAGCAAUUGAAAAUACAAAUUGCGGAAUUGGAUAUUAUCAAAACUUCAAAAGAACAUCUAGAACGAGAAAAUGAGAAAUGUCGUUUAAGACUAAAGGAAGUAGAAAAUGCUUUUAAUGAAAAUUCUGCCAUACUCAAACAAGAGAUAGAAAAUCUUCGGAUGGCAGUCAAAGAGAAAGAACUGAGUCAGGCCGAUGAAAAUCAGUCAAAGGAUGUUGUCCACUCUGUGAAAGAGAUAUCCAGGUCGUACAAUAAUAAUCAAGAAUCGAGUAAUCAAGAAAUCGUCAUAUUUAAGAAUCGCAUAGCAAAGCUGGAGCAAGAAUUGGAGGAAAAAAUUAAAAGAAAUAUGGAUUUAAGAACAGCAAAUUAUCAACUUGUUGAGAUCAAUCAAGAGCAGGAACGAGUUUUUUUGAAACAAUAUGAAAAAACUGAACGUGAAAGUGAGUUGGUAUUUCGAGAUUUUUGUGAGAAACUGAUGGAAGAUUUAAAAUCGGUUACGCAGUUUACUGUUAUUUAUCCACCAAUACCAAAACACUGCGAUGCUAAAAAAUGUCGCAUUUGGUUAAAAGAAGUUGCCAUGAUGCUUAUAGAAAGGCACAUUUCCAAUAAAGAUGGGGAACUUCAGAUUACGUCAAAUGAAGCUCUGAUUAACGCUAACGAAGAAAAUCGGAAAUUGAAAAGAUAUCUGGCAAAUACUGCUGUUUUGUUGGAUGUUAUCGAAAAAGAAGCAGUUGAGAAAGAAAAGAGAUAUGGGAAUGAAAUUGCUUCACUGAAAAAGGAAUUAAAACAGCAAGGUCAGCUGAAGAAAAAAGCGGACGACAAGUGUAUAUUUCGCAAAGAAAUAAGUGAGCAUGGCACAGGAUUAUCUAUUAUGCAUAAUAAAAAUGGUUAUGAAACUGGCUUAAUUCUCGAUAAGUUCGAUGUUCGCAGUGGGAAUUUGGACGAGCAGCGAGAAAUGAUCUAUGAGCACGAUAUUAGUGUACUUAACAGUUUUUCAUCAUCUACUGAUCACAAUAGUAGUGAUGAUGGCUGGGAAGUUGUUAGUUGA